AAAAACUUGGUGGUUUGGUUUUCGUGUGAGUUAGUAUCCUUUCGAGCCAAGAGAAGCUGUCACUAACCUGAAGUGAGCUUUGAUGUGGAUUUUCACGAUGUCAGAAAGUGUUCUCCCUUCGUGUUCGAGUGGCGCUGUCAAGCUGUAAGAGGUCACCGCAAACCGUCUCGUCAUAUUUAAGGGUGUUUGCACAAGAGGCAAAGCGGAGAUGGUUCACAAGAUUUUCAUGUUCCUGGCAGCAGUGCUGUGUCUACACAAACUAGAGUUCACUGUUGCAGGAAACAUGAAACUUGACGAACUUCAAAACCCUUGUGCAAAGAUGACCCGUUCGGGUGAUGUGAUUGAUUGGCAAGGCAAUAGGGUUCGAUGUAUUUUCCCCGCGAAAGAGGAGCUACGGAAACAGCUGAUUGAGCUCGGAGGCUAUAAUAAACACUACAUGGCGGUGACUUUGAAAGAAGCGGAGGAAAACUUUGUCAACCUGAUGGACGAAAACAAGAGGCCCUGGUUGUACAAUGAUGACGUUGGUUCAGAUGCAACGCGUAGCAAGCGAUCGACAACUAUACAGUGCUCUGAGGCGGGGAGCGCUAAGUCUUCUGGGUACCUUCGGACCUGUCGUGUCUGCCAGAAAUUGACCGAAUACGAUGAAAACACAUUCCCGAGGUAUGCGAACGAGCUGCUAUGUUCAGAAACAGGGGCGAGUAGCGUGUCAAGCAAGUAUUGCCAGCAGGGCAAAUGUGUCCAGUCCACGAUGGUGGCGGAUUUCCUUGUGCGGGACACUGACAACUACGACGAGGAAAGGCUCACGGACGGGACCAUUGUGUACAAAGUGAAAUUUGUAAAGAAAACGAUGACAAUUAGAAACUGCUGUGAAUGCUUGGCUGCAAACAGCUAGUUAAAUGAAUGCAUUAAAGUGAGCCCACUCGAA